AUGAACAAAUUAGAAAAAUUACAAACCCUGUCGGGUUCUUGUUCUGCAGGAUCUACUAUUAAAUAUGGGGGAUGUGCAGAUGAUUAUGGAAAUACAUCAGUCAUUUUUCAAGAGCCGGCAGAAAAAAUAGAUGCUUCUAAAGAAGUCGAUCACAGUAAUUUGGAUAUCGUUAAAGCAACUCAGUUUGGUGCAUUAAAUAGAGUCAAAGAAUUAAUAGAGGCAGGAUAUGAUGUAAAUCAACCUGAUUCAGAAACUGUCACUCUACUACACUGGGCAGCCAUUAACAACAGAAAAGAAUUGAUAAAAUAUUUUGUCGAGUUAGGAGCAGUUGUCGAUGCUAUAGGAGGUGUAUUACAAUCGACACCUCUUCAUUGGGCUACCAGGCAGGGUUAUUUACAAUCUGUAACAUUAUUAAUGAAAUUUGGAGCUGAUCCAUCGUUAAAAGAUGGAGAAGGUUGUUCUUGUUUACAUUUAGCAGCUCAAUUUGGUCACACAGCAAUUGUUGCAUAUCUAGUUGCAAAAGGUUUGAGUCCAAAUCUACAAGACAAAUAUGGGAUGACACCUUUGAUGUGGAGUUCAUAUAAAGUUUCGAGUUUGGAUCCUACUCGGUUAUUGCUCACAUUGGGUGCAUGCUCCGGAGCUCAAGAUAAAUUUUAUGGGAAUACGGCUCUUCAUUGGGCAAUUAAAGCUAAAAAUCAUGUUGCAGUUAAUAUUUUAGUCAUGAGUGGUGCCGAUCUUCAUAUUCCAAACAAUCAGGGAUUUACUCCUUUUAGCAUGAUUUCAAAGGACAAAACUCCGAAUUGGGUUGGUAAAAAAGUUUUGGAAAAAAUUCAAGAAGACGUACCUAGUUCGGAAUUUUUUUUAAAACGUUUAAUAAGAGACAAGAGACUUCGUUAUUGGUGUAUGUUAGCUACUCCAUUUAUAGGUUUUUAUAUUGUUGGUUUAGUUAUGCAAUCAAAUCAAGAUUAUCUAGUUAAAUUAGGACUUAUAUUGGUGUUUUACAUUUUCAUAUAUUUCGCUGGAAAAGUUUUUUUCGACGACAGGCUUACAACAGUUUUACCCAUGUCUUUGUAUUUGGCCACAAAGUUUUGGAUGUACAUAACUUGGUGUUUAUACAUAGCUCCGAAAUGUUCCAUUUUACUAUCCGUUAUUUUCAUAUCAUUUUCAUUAUUAUUAUGGUUUUAUUUUAUUAAAUCCUGGAAAGGUGAUCCGGGAGUCAUAACGUAUACUCAAGAAGAAAAAUUUAGGACAAUUAUCGAACUGGCUGAAAAUGAUGGAUUUGAACGUCAAUGGUUUUGCAGCACGUGUCUCGUACGGAGACCCAUACGAUCAAAACAUUGCGCCAUGUGCAAUAGGUGCGUGGCUAAAUUUGAUCAUCAUUGUCCGUGGGUCGGAAAUUGCAUCGGUGCAAAAAAUCACAAAUAUUUUAUAGGUUACCUAUGUAUGUUAUUAGUCAUGUGCGUUUUAGUCAUUCACGGAGCGACCGUGUAUUGGAACGCUGUGUGCAAAAUCACUCCGAUAUCGGAAAGUUUUUGGACGGCCGUAGGAGAUUGCUUGUCUUGCGAGGGUUGGGUAUCGUGGGUCGCAGUUAACGCUCUACUACAUUCCGUUUGGGUCGCGAGUCUUUUAUGCUGUCAAAUGUAUCAGAUUUCUUGCCUGGGUAUGACAACGAACGAGAGAAUGAACGUGGGAAGGUACAAACAUUUUCACACGGUCAACGACGUCAAAUCAACCAAAAGCCCGUUCGAUCACGGUCCUUGUCAAAACAUAAUCGACCUCCUCGGGAUAAGAUGUUUCGGUUUGUUCAAUCCGGAUUACACGGAUUGGAUGACGCAGUAUCAAUUAAUAGAAAAAAUCGAAAUAGCACCUUUGCUUCCUGAAAAAGAUAAUAAUUAUCAGUAUGUUUAA